AUGACUGAAUCGGCCGGAGGCAAACGAUAUGCCCUGAUCGGGACCGGCAGCAGAGCCAUCUUCUUCUACACUGCCCUCGCAACAACCUACAGCAAGACAAGCUCCCUCGUCGCCUUCUGCGACACCAACCAGACCCGUCUCAACUAUGCCAACUCCAAGCUGGAGAGUCUGGGGCACAAGCCCGUCCCGGUCUACCUCGCCGCCGACUUCGACAAGAUGAUCGCCGAGACCAAGCCAGACGAAGUCAUCGUCACCACCAUCGACCGCACCCACAACACCUACAUCGUGCGCGCCCUCGACCUCGGCUGCAACGUCCUCAGCGAGAAGCCCAUGACGAUAGACGCCGCCCGCUGCGCCGACAUCUUCUCCGCCGUCGAGCGCACCGGCCGCCGGGUCCGCGUCGCCUUCAACUACCGCUACGCGCCGCACAACACCAAGAUCUCCGAGGUCCUGCGCUCGGGGGCCAUCGGCGCCGUCACCAGCGUGCACUUCGAGUGGAUGCUCAACACCUCCCACGGGGCCGACUACUUCCGCCGCUGGCACCGCGACAAGCGCAACAGCGGCGGGCUGCUCGUGCACAAGUCGACGCACCACUUCGACCUGGUCAACUACUGGCUGCAGAGCCGCCCGGACACCGUCUACGCGCAGGGGGACCUCAAGUUCUACGGUAAAGAGAACGCCGAGCGGCGGGGCGUGACCGACUUCUACAGCAGGGCACACGGCAGCGAGGCCGCCAAGAAGGACCCGUUCGCCCUGCACAUGGAGGGCAACGAGCAGCUCAAGGCGCUGUACCUGGACGCGGAGCACGAGGACGGCUACCACAGGGACCAGAGCGUGUUCGGCGACGGCAUCAACAUCGAGGACACGAUGAGCGUGCUGGUCCGGUACCGCAGCGGCGCGACGCUGACGUACUCCCUCACUGCGUACGCGCCGUGGGAGGGCUUCCGGGUCAGCAUCAACGGGACCCAGGGCCGGCUUGAGGCCGAGAUCGUGGAGAACAGCUACGUGAGCGCGAGCGGCGCCCAGGGCGAGGAGGGCAAGCUGGAGAGCAGGACAGUGACGCUGCGGAGGCUGUUUGAGAAGCCCGUCGAGCUGGAGAUUGUUGACGGGGCGGGAGCACACGGCGGCGGGGACGAGGUGCUCCUUGGGGACCUGUUUGGGCCGCAGGCAGAGGAGGGCGCCCAGGAUGAUCGAGCUGCGAGUCACAUUGACGGUGCGGCGUCCAUCUUGACGGGGAUUGCGGCCAAUAGGUCCAUUGCAACUGGGCAGGUGGUCAAGGUUGAUGAUGUGUUUCAGCUCCCGUAA